AUGGCUGAAAAGGCAUCCGAGAACGCUGAGAUCACGGCGCCAGUUGCUGGUGCAGGUGCUGAGGCUGAUGCUCCUGCUGCUGCUCCCGAGACCAAGGCCGACGAGGCUAAGCCUGAGAGCGGAGCUGCUGAGCACGGCGCGAAGGGCUCAGAUGAACCUAAGCCCGCCGAAGCUACUGACAUGACGACCGAGAAGGCCGAUCCCGAGAAGGACACCGCCGCCGCUGAUGCGGAUGUCGAAAUGAAGGACGCGGCGGACACUACCACUGUUACCAUUGCAGAGACCCCGACGGCAAAAGCCAAGGGCGGUCGCCGCAAGUCCACUGGCGGCGGUCUUAGCAGGAAGGGAUCCAAGGCCCGCCUGACUCACACAGAUGCCAAACCUGGUGAUCAUUUCCUGGUGAAGCUCAAGGGUUUCCCCGCCUGGCCUGCCAUCAUUUGCGACGAGGACAUGCUGCCUCAUGCCCUCGUUACCAGCCGACCCGUGUCUGCGGCCAGGCCAGACGGCACAUACGCUGAAGCUUUUGCUGAUGGCGGCAAGCGUAUCAACGACCGUACCUUUCCCGUCAUGUAUCUGCACACGAACGAGUUUGGAUGGGAGAAGAACACCAACCUUUCGGAGCUCAGUGCUGAGAAGGCCAAGGACACAAUCAACGACAAGAUGCGCAAAGACCUGAAAGCCGCAUAUGAAUUGGCCAUCGAGCACCACCCCGUCGAGUACUACAAAGACAUCCUCAAGAGCUUCCAGGAAGAGCUGAUUGCUCAGGAGGAGGCGCGGAAAGAAGCCGCUGCCACCCCUAAGAAAGGAAAGAAGGGCAAGAGCAAGGCCGCAGAGGAAGAAGACGCCGAGGUGGUUGAGCCUGAUGCAUCCGCCAAGAAGUCCAAGAAGAGAAAGGCAGAAGACGAAGUUGCUACUCCUCAACGCUCCGAUUCUGUCAAGAAGCCCAAGAUUAAACUUAACACGUCGUCUACGCCAAAGACAGCAAACGGAGCUGGUGCACCAAAGUCAACUGCUGGGUCUGCUACCAAGAUAACCAAAGUCAAGACCAAGAAGCCCAAGGAGGCUAAGGAAGCGGGCGAGAAGAAGGCUGAGAGCUCCAAGGAAACUAAGAUUGAUCCUGAAGAGCGCCACAAGCGCAAGGUUAAGGAAGUAUUGUUCCUUCGCCACAAGCUCCAAAAGGGUCUCUUGACACGAGAGCAGCAACCCAAGGAGGAGGAGAUGCAGAGCAUGUCAGACUUCAUCACUCUGCUCGAGAAGUUUGGUGACCUUGAAGUAUCCAUCAUUCGAGCUACGAAAAUCAACAAGGUCCUGAAGGCUAUCCUCAAGCUCGAUGCUAUUCCUCGCGAAGAGGAGUUCCAGUUCAAGAAGCGAUCACAGUCUCUUCUUGAUAAGUGGAACAAGUUGCUGGCCAGUGACACUUCCGCAAAUGGAGUUAAUGGUGCUUCAGAGUCACAUGCUGAAGCCAAGAAAUCUGACGCCAACGGCGUGAAAGUAGACGGCGAGCCCAAGUCUGAGGCUACCACGGAGCCAAAAGCCGAGAAGGCUGAUGCUGGCGAACCAACCAGUGUCAAGGAUGCCGACGAGGUUAGUUGA